AUGGUUGUCAAUCACUCCAGUGACAUGACAUCAAUCCGGUCAGGAAAACUUCAAUUCCUUCUUGCACUAAGACUCUUUACUUUCCCGAAUUUUAAUCAAGAUGAUAUUGUCAAUAUAACGCGAGAAGGAGACGCUUAUAUUGACAAGGAAUUUCUCCACCUCACCAAUAGCUCACAAGACCAGCGACCGGGUGGAAUUGGUCGAGCCACGUACUACCAGCCCUUCCUGCUCCGAGAAAAUACCACUGGAAAACUCGCCGAUUUCACCACAAAUUUUACAUUCUCCAUUUAUGCGCCAAAUUAUGCCAAUUUAACAUGGGGUGCCGGUGAUGGACUAGCCUUCUUCUUAGCGCCAGACAGGUCCGAACUCAACAACUCAGAUGGCUUUGCUCUUGGCCUCCCCUUGUAUCAUCAGUACCCAUUUGUGGCGGUGGAAUUUGAUAUCUUCAAGAACUACGAAGCCAUCCCCAACACAAAUGAAACCGUCGACGACCCAUCCGAAGAUCAUGUGGGUAUCGACGUCAACUCUGUCAAGUCGCGGAUUGCCGUCCCUUGGAAUGGUAGUAUUGUCAAUGGACAAAACAAUGAUGUCCGGAUCAGUUACAGUUCUAGCACAAAAAAUCUUAGCAUUGCCUUCACAACUUUUUUAAUGAAUGGUACCAAAAAGAUGAGCUAUUUUUCUUACACAGUUGAUCUGAACAAUGUCUUACCGGAUUGGGUCAUUGUUGGGUUCUCGGCUUCAACAGGUGAAGCUGCUUAUGCUAUAUUUAAGAUCGUCUCGUGGAGUUUUACUUCAACUCCUCUGGUUGAUGAGAAUGCCAGGGACAACACUCCGGUAAGUGUACUUUCUGCUCCUACGCCUAGCCCUAUGGCUAGUUCUAGUCCCACCUCCAGGCUCCAGCAAUAA